AUGUUCACUGAAUCUCCGGACCCUAUGAACAGGAAAUCAUUUAAAGCCCCACAUAAUAUGCUAAAGACUUCAAAAGAAAAAGAAACUUAUCUAGAAAAGCUAAAAGAAAAUACAACACUAGAAGAAACAAUGAAGAACACAGAAAAUAUACAAACUCUGAGCAGAGAGCUGGAAAAAACCAUCACAAAUAGUCUAGAACAGGAUAAAGCAUUUAAAACCAGUAACGAAAAGCCUAAAAUUAUUACUGAACAAACACAAGAACUGAUUUCUAAACGUACGGAACUCCUAUCUAAAAGAGAAAAAUCUAAAGAAAUGAGACACGAAUUAAAAGAACUAUACGAUAUAUAA